AUGCCUUACCCCGAUGAAGCCGAAGGUUUCCAGGUGGAUGGACCUGAUACCUUCACUAAAUUCCAGAAGAGAUUCUUCAAAUUGAAGCCUUUCGGUGACCAUGAUGUGGAUAUUAAAAUUGAGGCAUGUGGUGUUUGUGGAAGUGAUGUUCACACCAUCAGUGGUGGAUGGGGAGAGCAGAAAUUUCCUCUCUGCGUUGGACACGAGAUCAUCGGUCGUGCAAUUCGUGUCGGACCAAAAGUCACACUAGUCAAAGAAGGCCAACGCGUCGGCGUCGGCGCCCAAUCCUACUCCUGCGGCGAAUGCAAACAAUGCCUCAACGAUAAUGAAACCUAUUGCCCCAUCCAGAUAAUGGAUACAUACGGUUCCGUCUGGCCAGAGACAGGCAUCACAAGCCAGGGCGGAUACUCAUCUCACGUCCGUACCCACGAACACUGGGUCUUCCCCAUUCCCGACGCUCUAGAAACCAACGCCGUGGCACCUAUGCUAUGCGCCGGACUCACAGCCUACUCGCCGCUUGUGCGUAAUGGCGCUGGACCCGGAAAGAAAGUCGGUAUCGUGGGACUGGGAGGUAUCGGGCAUUUUGGAAUUAUGUUCGCUAAGGCACUCGGUGCCGAGGUGUGGGCUAUUUCACGAUCCAGGGCGAAGGAGGCUGAUGCAUUGAAGCUCGGUGCUGAUGGGUAUAUUGCUACUGCUGAGGAGGGGUGGGAGGUACCUCAUCGGUUCUCGUUUGAUUUGAUCGUGAAUUGUGCCAAUUCGUCGGAGGGAUUCGAUCUCGCGAGAUACUUGACUAUGAUGGAUGUUCAUGGGCGCUGGAUUAGUGUUGGGUUGCCCGAGGAGGAGGGGCAGCUUAUCAAGGCUCAGAACUUGAUUGCUAAUGGUGUGCUUAUUGGGGCUAGCCAUUUGGGUAGUCGGAAAGAAAUGCUGGAUAUGCUUCAGUUGGCUGCGGAUAAGGGUCUUAAGGGGUGGGUUGAGGAGAUUGCUAUUGGGGAGGAAGGGUUGAAAGAGGCUAUGUUGCGGAUGAAGAAGGGUGAUGUGCAUUAUCGGUUUACUUUGACUGGGUAUGAGAAGGUGUUUGAGUAA